GCCAGCUGUGUUUUUCUGUGUCAUCUCUGACCAAGAAGAAGGGAGAGUAGCGUGUGUGAGUGAAACUGGCAGAUCAGGAGUAGGCAGUCCGGCCGGCCGGUAGUGAGGCCGGCCACCGGCGUCCAUUAUCCGAUGGAUAUUUACCGAGUCAUCGAAUCCACCCUGAGCAAGGUCAAUGGAGUCAUCCAUGUGGUGGGCGAGGACAAGAGGCUGACGAGGGAGCUGAAGAGCGAGCUGGAGCAAAUCAUGAGUGACAUGCACAUGAUGAAUGCAUUAAUCAGGAGUCACUACGAAGGGGCGGGCAGCAGCGGCCAAGUUGCGCUAGAAGAGGCUUGGAUCCUUCAACUCCAGAACCUGGCAUAUGACAUUGAGGACUUCAUAGAUCUCAUGGGCACCAAGCCUAAACCAGUGUUCAUCCGCCGUGUGGUGGGCAUGGCGGUGAAGCUGGACAGCCGCGACGAGCAAACCGACAAGAUCCGGACCUUCAAGAAGCGUGUGGAGGCAUUGCACAAGUGGAAGCAGCAAAUCCCCCCGUCGACAGCGCCCGGCCUGAACAACGGAAACUCAGACAACAACAACAGCAACAAUAUUGGAGGAGACGACCACAACUCCUCCUCCUCCGUUGAGCCCGUUGGCAUGGAAGAACCCAUGGGGGAUGUCCGUGAGCUGCUUGUCCACGCCGAGAGCCAGACAGAGCAGCUGAUCAGGGUGAUCUCCAUCGUUGGGCGUCGCGGUCUGGGGAAGACUACCCUAGCAGACCAAGUGUACCGAGACCACCAGAAGGACUCCCAAGGUCGGGAGUUCGACUUCCGGGCGUGGGUGCCGCCACCGCCGUCGGGGAACAGCAACAGCAGUCCUAGUGCUAGUGCUAGGGACCUCCUCAAGGGGAUCCUUAUGCAAGUCAAGGAUGAUAACAAGGUUGCAGAGGAAGAUGCUGCUGACCUCAGGCCCAUUCUCAAGUCAUACCUUGAGAACAAAAGGUACAUGAUUGUAAUCGAUGACAUACGAAAAGCUGAAGUAUGGCUCGAUAUGAAGUCCGCCUUCCCGAAGGGCGAAACAAGCAGCGUAAUUAUUACGACGACAGAUGUUCAAUCGGUGGCCACAGCAUGCAGCUCCGGCGGCUACGUCUACAAACUGCGAGGUCUUAACAGUGAAGAUUCAAAGAAGUUAUUUCGUAGAAAUGUGUUGGAAACUGAACACGACUGCCGUUGUCCAGAUCUGGAGAGAUAUUCAGAUGAAAUCUUAACAAAUUGUGGUGGUUUACCGCUGGCGAUCAUCAGCGUUGCUCGGUUCUUGAAAUUACAGGGAAAAAAUAAUCUGGAGCGUCAGUGCAAGCAAUUAGCUUGCCAUGGCAUGCUAGGCAAACAUCUCACAGCACCUGGCAAUCAUGAAGCCUUUAAAAAGUUGCAAAGUGUCCUGGUAGAAAGCUACGAAGGGCUGCCAAGCUACGCCUACGAGUGUGAUCUCAAGACAUGCUUAUUAUCCAUGAGCAUGUUCCCCAGGGACUCUGAUAUCAAUAGGAAAAGCCUUGCAAGGCGUUGGAUAGCUGAAGGAUUGGUGCCCAAUUCUGAGCAGAACGACCUCACAGCACUGGCAGUCUUCCACACGCUGAUUGACGGGAGCAUCAUUGAACCAUCACCAGCAAAGGAUCAACAGGUUCCCAGUCUGAAACCUUGGAUGAAGAGGUGCAGAGUCCAUGGCGUGAUGCUCGAAUUCCUCAUCAACAAGUCCAUCUCCAAGAACUUUGCUAGCCCUAGAACCAAAGGGAAUUUCUUGAGUGCACAGACUUCCAGAUGUUCCAUCCGCUGGCUCUCCUUGGAUAGCACCGGCAGCAAGAACGUCAGCAGUGAAGACUUACGGAGCGUCAGGUCGCUCAACAUGGUGGGGUGCAAGCGGCCAUUGGACUUGGGAAAGUGCAAGCACCUGCGCCUCCUUGAUCUGGACAAGUGCACAGGCGUCAAUCUGCAGGUGCUGAAGAGCAUAUGUAAGCUUGUACUUAUCAAGUACCUGAACCUGAGGGGCACGGACGUGAGCGUGCUUCCCCAGGAGAUGGAGAAGCUGUGCCAUCUGGAGAUGCUGGACGUGCGAGAUGCCAAGAUGGAUCCGGUGAUAAAGCUGCCUCUCGAGGUCAUCCUCCUGCCCCGCCUGGCGUACCUCUUCGGCAAGUUUGAGCUGCCGGACCACAUCAAGGACGAGGCAGCAGAGAAGAUAGGCCGUCAGAUGCACACACUGGCUGGCUUCGUCAUAAGCAAUAGCACCAUCAACGGUGGGCCAGCCAUGGCUGCCGACAGCGGUGGGCCAGCCAGCAGCAACCAGCGGUGGGCGACAACGAUCAAACGCAAGGUAAUUGGCGCCUCCUCGCGCAAGGACAAGAUUCUGCUAUUAAGUGGCGGCACUGGCAGCACCAACAAUAGCAACGACAGCAUCUGCAUUACCACCGCCGCCGGCGCUGCCGGCGCUGACAAUACCAGCAAGAGCCAUGGUUUCCAGUACAUUUUGCACCACAUGAAGCAACUGAAGAAAGUUAAGAUAUGGUGGAGGAGCAGAAACGAAGGCGAAGCUCCAAGUGAACAACUCACUGAGGCCCUGGUCUCCUUCCUUCAGGAACGGUUCUCGUUGAGCGAUGGGCUCGAAUCUCUAUCUCUUCAUUUUGAGAACCAAUGCAUGGACUUCCUGGACAAGUUGAAGCUCAAGGAAAGGAGCAGCAUUACUCUUGAGUCGAUUAAGCUUCACGGGAAGCUGAGCAAGCUGCCUGGCUUCAUCACGGAGGCGGCUGCGCUGCCGAGUCUCCAAGAGGUACACCUCUCAUUGACUGGUUUAUGCAGCAAGGAUUUGUUGGUUCUCAAGAGAUUGAGCUACCUCAAGUACCUGAAGAUCGUCGAGGACAGCAAGGAGUUCGGGGAUGACAGCUUGGACGUGGGCAACGAUGAUUUCCGAUCUCUCAAGGGGCUAUUCGUCCAGGCAAAAAAGCUACCACAGGUCAAUAUUACCCGAGAAGCCAUGAAGUAUCUUACCACCCUUCAGCUCAUCUGUGACGAUGUCCAAGGGUUCUGUGCCAGCAAUAUUGCAAACUUCAAGAAUCUCGAUCAAGUAGUCCUCAAAUCCUCUCUCCAAGAUGCCAAGAAGGACGAAUGGAAAGCGAAGACAAAGGACCACAGCAACAGGCCAAGACUAGAGUUUUUAUUAGCUAAUGAGAAGCACGGCGUCGAAUAAUGACUUCACUAGUUUUUAUCCCUAAAAUAAUUCAUGUCCCGAUUAAAUAAAAGCGUAUUACAAUUUCAACAAUGUAUAUGUGACGUGAUGACAGUUUGAACAAUAUUUUCAGUUCUCCUUGUGGUACAAAGUUUGGUCA